AUUCGACUCCUGCUCAUCUUGCGCUAUGAGUCAUAUCUUCUCCCGGUCAUUGCUGUUAGGAUCUUCUCGUGCAUGCUACUUGUCACCUAAACCUCAGAACCUGUCGCCGUCCCUUCUUACUUGCAUCGGAACUGCCUCCUUUUCCAAUACUUGUAUACAUCAUUUCAGAAAAGCCAUGUCUCCAUCAAACGAUGCAACCAGCGCGGGCUCGGAUUCUAGACCGGUGUUCUUCUUUGACAUCGAUAACUGUCUCUACUCCAGAAAAUGUAACAUCCAUGAUGAAAUGCAGAAGCUGAUUCAUCAAUUCUUCGUGAAACACCUCUCCCUCAACGGCGAAGACGCUCAUAUGCUGCACAAGAAAUACUACACAGAAUAUGGACUUGCAAUUGAAGGUCUCGCUCGCCACCAUAAAAUCGACCCACUCCUAUUCAACAGCGAAGUCGACGAUGUGCUGCCAUUGGACACGAUCCUGAAACCCGAUCCCCAGUUGCGCAAGCUGCUUGAGGACAUCGAUAGAAGUAAAGUGAGGUUGUGGCUUCUGACCAACGCAUACGUCACUCAUGGAAAGCGUGUCGUGAAAUUGUUAGGGGUGGAUGACCAGUUCGAGGGCAUCACCUUCUGCGACUACGGGCAACUCCCUCUGGUGUGCAAGCCAACACAGGAGAUGUACGCUAAGGCGGAGAGGGAGGCAAAUGUCCCGAGUACGGCAGAACGCUAUUUUGUCGAUGACUCUGGUUUGAACUGCAAGCAUGCCGCGGCUCGCGGCUGGCAGACGGCUCACCUCGUUGAGCCAGGACUCCCUUUGCCCGAAGCCCCGGUGUCGCAAUACAUGAUCCGGAGCCUGGAAGAACUGAGGACAUGUUUCCCACACUUAUUCAAGACCUCGAACUGAAUUGAGUGUGAAUAGAUGGUUUGCAUAGAGAUUUUUGUACAUUGUAUUGUGUUACGCAUGUUAUGAAGAGUACGAGCGACGGCUAUACAUAGGGUUUCUUCCUUUAUACAUAGAUUUAGACGUAUACAUGUGUUGGUACGAAUAUAAUCAUAAAAUGCCUA